AACCCUUUAAUAAGCCACGCCUAUUUAAAAUGGCUACUGGUUACAAGCUAAUGAGUGUCCCUGAUAAAAUACAACUUUCUACUGGACAAGAAGAUGGAACUAAGCAACCUCAACACAGACAGAUGAAAGUUCCUGACACUAUUACGUUGGGUGGUAGUAGAGAUGAUAUAUCCUCUAGUCACGUGACAGGAAGGGGAGGGGUCGGAAUAUUGUCGUCUUCAGCCGAAGAGCAGUCUAUACAACCAGAGGAGAUCCCUUAUGCUGGUUCAGUUGAUAUAAAUCAAAGGUUAGAGUCACUGGAAGAACGAGUGAGGAAGAUAGAAGAAUGGGAGGGGCUAAGAAAUAUUGGCCACACCUCCUCUGGGGGGCCGGGGAAAUUUUGGUAUGCAGUGACGUUUUCAAGUUGGAUGAUGGUUCCACUGAUUGUCGUGUUUUUAAUGUAUUACAAGAGACAAUCCUGAAACAUUUGACACAUUAAUGUUUAAUAAUAGUGUUCAAUAGAAAUGAUAUUAAUUAUGUUAUUGGAAAUAGUUUUUUAACAUAAGGGUA